AUGUUGCUGCUGUCUUGUCUCUCUCCUUCUUCUUCUCUAUUAACCUUAAUCGCCCUCAUCCCCAACGCAGCAGAGUACCCUGGCUGCGACCUGCAUGCAACGGUGGUGGAGCUUGCUCCGAUGGGGGCCCCCCAGGGGGGCCCCCAUGGGGGCCCCCAUGGUACAGGGGGCCCCCAUGGUCUUGGGGGCCCCCAUUGGGGGGGGGGCCCCCAUCACAGAAGCGGGAACGGGGGGCCCCUCGGUGCUGCUGCUGCUGAACCCUGGGGGCCCCCUGUUAUUACCUGGGUUGGGGGGGAGGAGAGUGUGGGGUGGGGAGACGACGAUCCCCAGGGGGCUGAUGGGGAGGAGACAGAAGAGGAGACAGAAGAAAUGCUGCUGCAGCAGCAGCGGGAUAGCUGCCGACAAUAUAAACAAUUGCUUUGUGUUGCUGCUGCUACUGGCUGUGUCUUUGUAUAUGAACUCUCUUUCUAUCAGCAACCAGAGCAGCUGCGCAGCAGCAACAGCAGCACCAACCACCACCAGCACACCAAGCACAACCCCCAGCAGCAGCAGCAGCAGCAGCAGCAGCAGUUGCUGCAGUUCAGGCUGCGUCUGGUGUAUAGACUCGACGGCAACCGGGGCCGCUCGCUGCUGCUGCCUGUCCCCCCCUCUAUCGUCCUCAAAAAAAAAGUUUUUGCAUGCAGCAGCGGCUACCAUUUACUUAAUUUAUUUCAGCUGUACAGACAGCCCAACCCGGAUAUAUUUGCGUUGCUGCCGGAGCAGCAGCAGCAGCAGCAGCAGCAGCAGCAGCAGCAGAUAGGAGGAGGAGGGGGAGGAGAGGGAGCGACGCUUACGCCGCAGCAGCAAGCUGCUGCUGAUGCGCAGCAGCAUGCUGCUGCUGCUGCUGCUUAUAUUGAUUAUCUUAAAGCAUCAUUUACUUCUGCUGCUGCUGCUGCUGCUGCUGCUGGUCCUGCUGCUCAUGAAGCAGCAGCAGCAGCAGCAGCAGCAGCAAACCAAAACAUUACUAUACACCACAAUAAACAGCAAGAGCUGCAGCAUCUGCUGCAGCCUUCUAUACGGGGAGCAACAGCAGCAGCAGCAGCAGCAGCAGCAGCAGCAGCAGAUGGGCAGCAGCAAGACGAAGCACUGCAGCGGCAGCUGCAGCAGAUAACAGCUGACCUAAAAGCAUGCAACCUAGACAAUCAGCAGCUGCAACGCAUGCAGCAGCAGCAGCAGCUGCAGCAGCAGCAACUGCAGCAGCAGCAGCAGCAGCGGGGAUCGUCGAUCCCCAACAGACCCCCAUGGAAUGACCGCUUCGCUAUCAAGGGCUCAGAACACCAGCACUUGUUUGCUUAA